ACGGUACGCCAGUGUUCACCUUAACACCCUGGUGGCCCGGUCCCCUGUUUGCGCUCUCGCGUUUCUCCCUCCCUCUCUCUCUCUGUCCCUCUCUCUCUCCGACGACGACUGGGCUACCGGCUAUCACCGCCCUACGCCAGGGAGGUGUCGAGGUCUUCAUCGGUCCCUUCGCCGGCGACGAGCGCUUACAGGAUUGCAUCGGUGCUCUUUUUCGGUGUGACUGCAUUCUAUGGAUCUUCAGGAGCAUCAUGAUCUCAUAUUUGGCGAGGAGUUCUGCUUUCCUGCCGCCACAACUUAUUAUCCACCUCUUUAUGUUCCAACUGGAAUUAAUGUUGUGCCUGCCCAGCUGUAUCAACACCAGGCAAAUUCAAGAUGUGACAAUCGAGCUCAAACUUACAUGGGCCACGAGGUGCAAGGCACACCAUCCAUGUAUUAUGUUGUCCCUAACUAUGGGAUCGCGCAUUCUCCCCAUGGACCUCACCCUUUGCACCCUUGUGCCAUAGGUGAUGGUAGGUUUGUCAGAACCCAAGAGUACUACUCUGAAACUGUGGAGCACACAUACCAGCAACCAGUUCCUACAUCCUACUGUUCCAUCCGUCCAUCUGCAGCAGACAGGACCCCCGCUAGCACUGCUCAAUCUCUUGGUUACACCAAUGACUUGUUUGUUCCCGGUGGGCUUCGGCAAACUGUAUCUGUUACCUCAGAAAGGGGUGUCGCAUGGAAUCAAUCUCUACAACAAGCUACUAUUGCUUCAAUGGAAUUUCAAAGCCAUACAUCGCUACCAGAAAGGGGUGUUACAUGGAAUCAAUCUCUGCAACAAGCUACUAUUUCUUCAAUGGAAUUUCAAAGCCAUGCUUCGCUACAAAAGGAACUACCACAUACGCCACCUCCAUGGAAGCGGCAAUUAUCAGGUGGGGUCAGGGCAUCAGCUAGACUCCCUCGUGCUCGACGGGCACCACAUCCGUCUCCACAAGUGGCUGUUCGUUCUUCAUUGCACACUAAUCUGUCAUACAACAACAGAGUUUCAAAUGUUGGAUCUGACCUUUGUGAGAUGCAGUCAACUGAGAUUACCCAACCAUAUGAAAGAACCAGUAGCUGUGCUAAUCAAAGGGUGAGUCCCAUGAGUCAGCAGAACACAAGUAAAGCAAAAAUGCCAAUAGGUUCAAUGCCUCCAGAAAUAAUUGUAAAAUCAUAUACAUCAAGGCUUCUUGUCGGCAACCCAGAUGGUAAAAUAGUCAUUAGGUCUGAUCAAUAUAACAGACAUGAUUUCCCUGUGGUGUAUCCAAAUGCAAAAUUCUUUGUGAUGAAGUCCUAUGACGAGGCAGAUAUUCACAAAUCUAUCAAGUAUGGUGUGUGGUCAACUUCCUCUGUUGGAAACCAGAAGUUGGAUAUUGCAUUCAGAGAGGCUCAAGCUAUAUCUGCAAGUAGUUGUACCUUGUGCCCAGUUUUCCUUUUCUUUUCGGUCAAUGAAAGUUUCCAUUUCUGUGGUGUUGCUGAGAUGGUUGGCCCUAUUGACUACCAAAAUGACAUGGACUUUUGGUGCAUGGAUAAAUGGACUGGCAGCUUCCCUGUAAAGUGGCACAUUAUAAAAAACGUACAUAACUCCACUUUCCGAAGUAUCUUACUGCAGAACAAUGAAGAUAAGCCUGUAACCUCUAGCAGAGAUACACAAGAGAUACACUACACUCCUGGAACAACUAUGCUCGAACUCUUCAAAUAUACCAGAGCAGACGGCUGUGUGCUUGAUAGCUUCAUGUUGCACGAGGAGAAGGAAGCAAGUAGUAGACAACUCCAAAAGUUUAAGCUGCGCAGGGGUGCUCCACAUUUUAUACCUGCAUGGCAUGGCCCUCGUCCCUACAGACAUGUGCUGCCAAAAUCUGACAGUGUAGUGAUGGGGAAAAUUACCACUGACUUUGAGACCAGCAAUCUGGCUAACAAGCUACAGAAUCUCAACCUGGAGAAGAACCAGGCUUCAUGGCAAGACUUCAGGCACCUGACUAGCAUAGCUUCCACCAAAAAGAGGCAGAAAGACUGUUAUCCCUAUGGAACCCGGGCUCAUGGCAGGAGAAACAAGGAUAUUGUGAAGGCAUACCAUCCCAUGGCUCCUAACAAGAAAUCUGCUUUGGAUGAAGAACAUCGAUACUGGAAGAAAAAACCACAACCAGGAACCGUAGCCAGCGUCUCAUCAAAAGCACCACCUGAGGAGCAUCAGCAAGGAGUUAAAAAUACCGAUGCGCACAGUGCAUUAGUAGCUCCUGAGAUGACUUGUGAAGAGCAAAAGAUUGUCGGGAAAGCCUGUCCACCUGCGGUCGUUUCGACAACGAGUAAAGCCUGCUCAGAACUCCUGCCUGGUGUGGUUGCUAUUGGCUCAAUGCUGAUCCCGAUUACGAUGCCCAAUUAGUAGUUCCAAAGGCAUCUCUUGUUGACCUGCACGAGUCAAGGCCUCUCUUGUAAAUGCACGAUUCCAUUUUGAGCUCUUCUGACUCUAUGGUCUCGUGGCAACCAUGGAGCAAGCCGUCUUCACUUUAAUCUGGCAAACUAGAAAUCGCUUAUAGGUUCAGGUUGUCUUUUCACCUUUUCUGCGUCCUUGCUUAUGAAUCUUCAGUUGCCAGGUCUGAACUUUUUGGUUACCCUAGUCUCUGGAAUGGGAAAUAAAAAUACAGGCUGUGGUGAUGCG